AGCAAGCACGUCCAGCUGACACCCCGCCCUUGGUCCAUCCACCCAAAGAUCUCCUUUGCCCAUGCCUCAUUUUUGCUGAUCUCUCAAAGCUUCUGACUUGAUCAAGCACGGACCCAAGUGGGAAGGCGCAGCCCCUCGCCUCUCCUGGAUGCCACCAUGAGGCCGGUGUCCCUGGUGCUGUUCCUCACCUUCACCCUGCCGGCUUUCAAUGCUGGCCACAUACUACCAGGAGUAGCAGAAGGGGAAAGAAGGGAGCAGAAAGUGUGGGCCAGAGAGGGGAGUUCAGCCAUCCUGCCUUGCCACUUCAGACCCAGAAAGGUCCGGAAGAGCUGGCAGCAGCUGCCUGACAAGACAUCCGUGCUGUGGAAGCGGCAGGGGGGAAGCGCCCACCAGGAGCCACACGUGGUGCUGGAGGUGGGGUACUCCGGCCUCCGGAAGACAGCGCUGCCCAUGAGGCCCCGGGUGUCAGUCCAGGACUCUGCCUUACGCAAUGGCAAUUUCUCCCUGCGAAUCAACCCGGUCCGGAGCGAGGAUGCCGGGCUGUAUGAGGCACUAGUAGCAUAUGACACGGAGGUCCAGAGCUGCCAGGUGGAGCUGGGGGUAAUCACAGUAACCAUCAGUCCAUCCAGCCCUGUGGUAGAAAAUGAGCCACUUCUGUUGAGCUGCAACUCUAGCCACCGGGCCAGCCUUGUGGAGACACGCUGGUUUCACAAUGGGCGCCCAGUACCCACCUCCAGGACCUUCUGUUCCUUGCAUGGGGCUCUCUCCAUCCUCCGGCCAGCCAUGAGUGAUGCGGGGUCCUGGCGCUGCCAACUCAGAUACUCUGAUAAUGAGAUCAUUUCUGCCACAUACAACCUGCGAAUUUUAGGUUUUGAUGGCCCAACCAACCCUGUGGUCUAUGCUGCAGCUGGCUCUGCAGCUGAUCUCUCAUGUACCUUGAGCUACCUUCCCAGUGCCUUUGGGAUCAACGUGGUGACAGCCCACUGGAGCCGCCUUGCAGGAGGACACUUGCAAGACCGGGGCAUCUCCCAGAAUUCGAGCAGCAGAAGCUUCCUGCUUCAUAUCCCUGCAGUGGGGCCAGGAGAUGCAGGACAGUACCACUGUGCUGUCUCUGUUGGCAGCAAGACAAUCAGCAGGGACGUGACGUUGGCAGUGUUUACAGUCACCCCAAGCAUCCAAGGACCAGUUUCUGAGGGGUCUCGUUUGCUGCUCAUCUGUGGCCUCACACACCCCCGGGGGCAUGAACAUUUCCAGUGGAAGCACCUCGACUCAGCCCCCACUAACAGCAAGCUGGCUGCGGCCAUCUCCCGUAACCUUGAGGGCCAUAGGUCCCAGAUGGGUCCUACCUUGGAAAUACCCCAAGUGUCACAAAAGGAUACGGGCACAUGGGAAUGCAGUGUAUAUGGCCCAGAAGGCAGACUGGGAGCAGUGCAGUAUGAGCUGCAGAUCACAGGUGCCCAAGUCUCCAGCCCUCCAACCAUCUUCAGCGGGCAAGUUACUUUUGGGCUCACGCUCACCCUCUUCUUCCUGCUUACGGUCUGUGUCCUGGCUCUGGCCCUACAAAAAAGGGCACGGCCUCCUGCCUUCCCAGCGCUGGAAGGGAUGGUUGCAGUCACUGUGCCGAGGAAGGAGAUGGAGGAGAACCAGAAAGAGAAGAUCCAGCAAACUGAGUGCUGAUGGGAGCAGGGACACCGGGCCCGGUCUGCAUGGAAGGAUGAAAUUCUGCGUGCCAUGCUGCAGAGAGAUGGGCACCAUGCAGACCUCUCAGGAGGGUCUAGGCAUGGCAUGAACAUAGCAGGAAGCCAUGUGAGCACUGUACCUGUAGAGGGGCUGGAAGCUGCGUACCAGGGCAAGACGAGACUCACUGCUGCAGUAAGGUGGCAGGCAGCACAGACGCUUUGGAGCUAUUGGAAGUAUUUGAGCCAGUAGCUAUUGCCUGCUUCAGUGCCACUUCUCUCUGCCACCCUUUGCCCCUCCUUCAUGGCCUCUCUCACAGCCUUUCACUAGCAGGACACUUAAACGUGGGAGACAGCUGGAGCCCCUGCCGCCCGAUGGUGUUUUCUCCCCUCUGCCCACUUUCUUCUCCCUCUCCCCACACUGCCCUGCUCUUGCGCUCAUUCAGUGGCAGAGGGGACCCCACGGAGAACUGCACAUGUUGCACACU